UUUGGUAUAUAAAAAAAUAAAAAAAAUUAAAGACUACUAACUUCCUUUUUUUUUAGGAAAUGUAUACUACGCUACUACUAAUUAUAUUAGACUAACACUUAACAAAAAAAAAAAAAUUAAAGUAAGAGUUAAAAGGAGGUGGAGAGUAGUAGCACUGUAGCAUAGCAGUUUCAUCUUCCUCCUCCAAAAAAACCCAAACCCUUGAACUUCCAUGGUUUCCCUCCCAAGUUUUUCACCAUCAUCCACUUUGUAAGGCCGCCACCGUCCACUUUGUAAGGCCUCCACCGUCGUCUAGUUUACAAGGCCGCCACCAUCUGAAGCGUACUCGGGUCACGACUAUCAACCACUCUGUUUCAGGCGAUUGUACAAAGCCAUAAUACAAGCAAUUGCACUACUUUACAUUUGAUCGAUUUCCCGCCACAACCAGAACAUUCUUAUUCUUUUUAAGGUACAUGGCCAGAAAGAAAAAGAAAGUACAACCGAAUGAUGAUUCCGAAGAGUCAAGUUGUGAGGAGAGAGGUCGUGCUGUAGUUAAAAAGGUGGGGAAGACUAUCCAUGCUGGUACCCAAAUCCCAUUACAAUGGCAUCCAAGUAAAAGAGUUCCCACUGGUGAACACAAGACCCAUUUUUCCACCUACAUUGGUGUAAUGGCACGUGAAAGAAUAAGCAUUGCCUACAAAGAUUGGCAUGAAGUUCCAACAGGAGUGUUAGAUGAAGUUUAUGGAUUUAUCUCGAAGGGGUUUUAUGUUCCUGAGAAUCGCAAAGGUUAUGUACUAACACGAGCAUCGAUUUGAUGGAAAGCUUUCAAGACUAGAUUAAGAACCAAGUGGCUAUAUAAAAGAGAUAAAACACUUCGUCAAAAGCCACCACACAAGUAUCCUUUUAUAUGUGAAUCGGAUUGGGAUACCUUUGUUCAAAUCUGCACUUCUGAUGAAUUUAAGGAAUUGAGUGAAAAGAAUCGUGAAAAGGCAAAGAAGAAGUCCUCAAGUUAUCGUGGCGGUAGACUUGGGUACCAAUAUUUUGAAGAGGAGAUUGUAAAAGAACUUGAAAAGCAAGGAGUCCAUGUGUCACGAGUGUCGCGGCAUCUAACUUGGAUUAAAGCUCAUUCUCAUGUCAAAGAUGGAGUUAUAACAUUUGACAAUCUUGCUGAUAAGGAAAUCCAUGAUGCAAUACAUUAGAGGGUCAAGUUCAAAGAGGUGAAAUCAUUGUUCAGGGUCGAGAUGAUAUCUUAGCAAAAGCAAUGCAUAAGAGUGAGCAUGGUGGUUCAGUGAGAGGUGUUGGUUCAGGCAUUACAGUGAAGGAUUAUUUUGGUUAUAACAAACCUGCUCCACCCAGCCAAUUGCAUGCUGAAAUAGGCAUGAUGAAAUCGAAACUUGUCUCCAUGGAUAACAGACAAAAUUUUAUGAUGUCCUUCUUGAUGUCAUGCUGCAGCCAAGAGCAAAUAAAAUCUUUCAUGGCUGUUGGAGGUCAACAAGUUGGUUUAGGUGGAUUUUUUGGUUGCGACAAUACUUCUAGUAGUUUGGAUGCUGGGUUUGGUGGCCUCACAAGUGGGUCAGGUGGCUUACGUGGGUUUGGUAACCUAAUAGGUGGGUUUAGUGGCUUGACAGGUAGCUUAGCUGGUGGGUCUGUUAGCUUGGGUGGUGGGUCUAGUGGCCUGGGUGUUAGCCUAACAGGUGGGUUUGGUGGCCUGGAGGGUGGGUCUGGUGGUCUGGCAGGUGGGUCUGGUGGCCUAGAGGGUGGCCAGGCUAAUGGGUCUCUUGGCCUGGCUGGUGGGUCUGGUGGCCUGGAAGGUGGGUCUAGUGGCUUGACAGGUAGCUUAGCUGGUGGGUCUGUUAGCUUGGGUGGUGGGUCUAGUGGCCUGGGUGUUAGCCUAACAGGUGGGUUUGGUGACUUGGCAGGUGGGUCUGGUGGCCUAGAGGGUGGCCAAGCUAAUGGGUCUCUUGGCCUGGCUGGUGGGUCUGGUGGCCUGGAGGGUGAAUCUAGUGGUCUGGCAGGUGGGUCACGUGCUCCCCAAUUGGAUGAUACUUUUGGUCAGGGGCUUCAAGGUAUCCCUCUAACUCAACUGUUAACAGGCAAAAUUUUCGAGCAAGGGAGAAAAGGGCAUGGGUUUACCCCUGAUUCAUUGGGGGGGUAGAUAUUUAUGGUACACAAGGUAAUGGGAAAGAAGAUAAUUGCACAAAAACGCAAUCUCAUACUGAAAACCUAGAGACUGAGGCAUAUCAUGUUCCCUGGCCUCAAACAUAUCGUAACAAUCAACUUGAGCCUACAACUAACCUUGCGAAUCAGAGUUGUGAUUUGAAAGAAUUUCCCGAGGGGUGGAGUGAUUGUUGUUUAGUAAUCGAAGGAAACAACAAAGAGUUGCAAAUUGUUGCUAACGGACAGGUAGAGAAAACAACAGAUGUCAGAGCUACUCAUUCUAGAUUAAUGCCACCUAGUCAUGCUCGAGUCACAAUUACAGAAGAUAUUGUGCCAACUGCUCUCUUGCCAUGUCCUAAUGAGGAACUAGUCUAUGUUUGUCAUGCAAAGAAAAGCUACACACCUUGGCCGAUUUCCUUGAUUUUUCCGAGAAAGACCAAUACCCACUCAGAAAAAGUGUUAAAUGUAACAACACCAUCUCCACAUUUAGCAUCAUCUCAAGUAUCCACAACUCCUAAGUACGUUAUCACCGAAAAGGAUCGCGAGAUGGUGACCUUCACGUGGUUACGUAUGUUAAAUACUCAUGCUAUGGUAUUGAAAAAAAGGGGUGUGACACUCUCUAUACCAAUACCAAAAUGCAUGCUUCUUAAUGAAGAUGUGGGUGUGAUGCUUGACUACGAGGACUUGUUGGAUUGGUGUUUUAAAAGAGAGGUUGGAGAAUCCCAAAUGAACAUUUUCAUAAAGCGAAUGUUUUUUACCAAUUACCCCUUUAGUCUUGAAUGUAUUUGUGUAUUAUUAACUUCAACGUAUACAACUUUUGAUGGGGCAAGGUACUUGAAAGGUCAUUGUCAUAAUGAAGUUGUCUCGGGUAUGUACGGAUUCUGUGACACAAAUGUUUUAUCUCCAAUGACACCAACUACAGAUGAGGAGGUUCGAUCCGACUAUCUAGCUCGUGUUUUUGGAUGCAACGAGGGAAAGAAUGUCAAUCAAUUCUUCUUUGCUCCUUAUAAUGACAAUAUGCAUUGGAGGUUAGCUGUUAUUAGUCCUUGGAAUGGACUAGUGUGCUGGUUAGAUCCGGCCGGGGAAGAAAACGAGAUCAAUGAGUUUGCUAAAAAGAUCAUAAAUGAGGGAUUAAAAAAAUUCAGCAUGGUCCAUCGAAAGGACAUUAAGAAGAUAAAAAAGGAUCCAUAUAUUGAGUGGAAGCAACCUAAGUGUCCUCGACAACCUCAAUACUCCAAGGUUUGUGGAUAUUAUGUUUGUCGCUAUAUGCUUGAGAUUAUACAGAAAAGGGUAUUGUGGGUUUCCGAUAAGUUUUUUAAAGCGGACCCCUGUACAUAUUCAACUGAAAAUAUUGACGAAAUUAGAGACUUGUGGGCUAAGUAUGUUCUAGAGCUUGAACAAAAUGAAAUGAAGAUGGUAUAGACAUUGCGUGAGUUUAGUUUGUCCAUUACUUUUGGGAAAAGUAUUGCGAUUUUUAGAAUUUUUUGUAUAGUACUUUUGGAGCUUAUCUUAGAUGGCAUGGAAAUUAAAUGAAUGGUUUAAAUUUUUGGGGAAUACUGGAUUUUUUUUUGCAAAUGUUGCUGUAUACUAUUUUUGGAGGUUAUACUAUAAUUAAUGGAUAUAUGUAAAAGUGUUUAUCAACUUUUGUUUA